UUUGUCUCCUCUACGUGUAAACAUGUAAUUGACAAUUUCAGUAAAAAAGGGAAAACUAAGAGAUAAAGAAAGAAUACGACUUUGGAUCUUCUAAACUGUUUUAUAAAAAUGAAAGCACAUAGAGAUAAUAGAUGUCACAAUAAUAAGUAAAAAGUGGGUUUCUUGACCCAUAAGAAAUGCUGAUCCCUCCUCUUCGUCUUGUCUUCUUCCUUUUGCUCUCAUCCAUUUGUUUGUUACAGAUCAAAGCUGAUGAAAGCGGCUUGGGAAAUCAUAUCAAAGUAGACCCGAAACUCAAGUUCGAGAACCCGAAACUACGUGAAGCCUACAUUGCUCUCCAAUCAUGGAAACAAACAAUCUUCUCUGACCCUUUCAACUUCACAGCCAACUGGAACGGCUCAGAUGUUUGCUCCUACAAUGGAAUCUACUGUGCUCCUUCUCCAAACUCAUACCCCAAAACCAGAGUCGUUGCAGGCAUUGACCUCAACCACGCCGACAUGGCUGGUUACUUGCCUGCCGAGCUUGGUCUCCUUACUGAUCUCGCUCUCUUUCAUCUCAACUCGAACCGUUUCUGCGGUGAAGUCCCCCUCACGUUCAACCGCAUGAAGCUUCUCCACGAGCUUGACCUUAGCAACAACAGAUUCGUUGGGAAGUUCCCUAGCGUUGUCCUCUCUUUACCUUCUCUUAAGUUCUUGGAUCUCCGCUUCAACGAUUUCGAAGGAAAGAUCCCUUCAAAGCUCUUCGACAGAAGGCUCGACGCUAUCUUCUUGAAUCAUAACAGGUUUCGGUUUGGGAUCCCCGACAACAUGGGGAACUCCCCUGUUUCCGCUCUGGUUCUUGCGGACAACGAUCUUGGAGGAUGCAUACCAGGAAGUAUAGGUCAGAUGGGGAAGACACUCAACGAGCUUAUCCUCUCUAACGAUAACUUAACCGGUUGUUUACCUCCUCAGAUAGGAAACCUCAAGAACGUGACGGUUUUCGACAUCAGUUCAAACACUCUGCGCGGUUUACUACCAUCUAGCAUCGGCAACAUGAAGAGCUUAGAAGAGCUUCACGUGGCUAAUAAUGGCUUCUCGGGACUUAUUCCUCCAAGUAUCUGCCAGCUUCCUAACCUUGAGAACUUCACUUACGCUUCCAACUUCUUCACCGGUCGUGCUCCUAUAUGCGCAGCUCUAUCUGUAACCGAGGCCGUUGUGAACGGCUCCAUGAACUGUAUUGCUGGUAUGGCUAGUCAAAGAUCGGUUAAAGAGUGUUUAUCUCUGUUGGCAGGUCCUGUUGAUUGCAGUACGUUUGGAUGUUUCAACAUCUUCUCUCCACCACCGCCGACGUUCAAGAUGGCUCCCGCUGUUCGGAUGCUUCCUCCACCGAUUUACGUUUACACUUCGCCUCCACCACCGUCGUCCAAGAUGUCGCCUACCGUUCGUGCUUACCCUCCUCCAUCACCAUCCCCAUCUCCUCCACCGCCUUAUGUAUACUCAUCUCCUCCCCCUCCACCGUACGUGUACUCAUCUCCUCCACUUCCGCCUCCUCCAAGUCCACCACCGCCGUGUCCCGAAUCAUCUCCGCCACCGCCUGUUGUAUUCUAUGCACCCGUGACGCAGAGACCGCCACCACCAUCACCAGUAUACUAUGCACCGGAAACACAAAGCCCUCCACCGCCAUCACCAGUAUACUAUCCAUCGGAAACACAAAGUCCACCACCACCAUCACCGGUUUACUAUCCGUGGGAAACACCAAGUCCUCCACCACCAACACCGGUAUACUAUCCUUCAGAAACAAAAAGUCCACCACCACCAUCACCGGUUUACUAUCCAUGGGAAACACCAAAUCCUCCACCACCAACUGAGUAUUAUUAUUCACCAAGCCAGUCUCCGCCGCCAACAAAGGGAUGUAAAGACAGCCAUCCUCCCCAAGCAUCACCAAGUUAUGAACCAGCUCCUGAAUAUUCUUACACACCACCACCUCCUCCUUCCUACCCCGACACGACUCUUCCACCAAUUCCAAGUGUCUCCUAUGCUUCCCCUCCUUACUACUAGUUACAAACCACUGAGAGAGAGAGAGAAGAAAAUGCAUUGCCUUAUGAUUAACGACUACUCACAAUUACAUUCUUUUGGCUACGAGACUAUAAUUUGUGUGUGGUUAAUACUCGAGUUAGUCUUUCCAUAUGUUUUUUCUUUGUGGAUAUUUUGUUCUUUUUUCUUUGCCUAACACAGAAUGGAGUACAGAGUUUUUCUAUCUGUUACCAUCCUAUAAUGUAUUUCUUGUUAUUAAACUGGCUUGUAUAAAUAAUAACAAUAAAUAUACACCCCUUUUAAGAAAAUCUCUAAUUUUCAAAUUUAA